GUUUUUGGAUUCACAUGCAGGGUGAGACCACGCCUGCCUUCAAUGACCAAGGCUUCGUCAUUGGUCCUGACAAACAGGGCACCAUGCUCGACGAUAUGAAAGACAUGCUGGAUACGGCAAAGAAGUACAACAUUCUCGUCUUCCCGUGUCUGUGGAACGCAGCAGUGAACCAGGACUCUCACAACAGACUGAACGGGCUCAUCAAAGAUCCGCACAAACUCCAGUCGUACCUCGACAAGGCUCUCAAGCCGAUGGUGAACCAUGUCAAAGGCCAUCCUGCUUUGGGUGGCUGGGACCUCAUGAACGAGCCAGAGGGCAUGAUGAUUCCGGACGUGCACAACGAAUCCUCAUGCUACGACACAACCGCUCUAAAGAAUUCAGGUGCCGGAUGGGCAGAAAAGAAAUACUUGUACAAGGACAUGCUUAGGUUCUUCAACUGGCAGGCUGCUGCCAUCAAAACCACCGACUCUGGUGCAUUGGUCACUAUGGGAGUUUGGAACCCCAAGUCUAACACAGACCAUUUCAAUAUGAACAACCAUUACUCAGACUUUUGUCUUAGAAAAGCUGGUGGAAGACAGAAGGGCGUUUUCGACUUCUACCAGUUCCAUUCCUACUCAUGGCAAGGAAAGUGGGAUGAGGUCGCUCCCUUUACGCACAAGGCUAGCGACUACGGCCUGCACAAACCAAUCGUUGUAGGAGAAUUCUGGGAGCAAGAUGGCGGCGGUAUGGACAUCAUCGAGAUGUUCAAGUACGUCUACAACAAUGGUUACGCUGGUGCCUGGUCCUGGCAUCUAGUCCAGAGAGGUGACAACCAGAGAAAGGGCAUUGCAGCCAUCAAAGACAAAACAAGCAAUGGAAAAAUCCCCAUCAGCCUCUGAGCCAGACGCUCAAUCUUCUGAUCCGGGGCUACUUUACUUAGAACUGAGCAAGACAUGCAGAGUUCCAAGUUGCAGUUGUUUGAUGUCACUUAUGUUUACAUAAAUAUUAUUAUGAAUAAUGAAUAAAAAUAAAAAUGAUAAUGCAU